AUGUCAUUGGAAUCGAUUAAAGAUAAAUUAGAGACCAUUGAAGAAUUAAACUUUAAAGGAAAACAUAUUUCUCAGACAGCAAUAGAUGAAUUAGAACACGGAUCAAUCUGGUCUUGGCUACGUAGUGAAGGCAAACUUGACAUUGUAAAACACGAGCGUAAUUUAAAAGUACUCAAUGGAUUUAGUGAUUUUGUGAACGUCGCAUUAACUGCUACUCAUGAUACAAUUAUCAAAUUAAAAAUAUUCAAGAAUGAUGCGGAAGAGUUGAAAAAAACAGGAGUUCUACUCGAAAAUUUACCACACAUGUCUGCAAACAGACACAUACAAAUACUUGAAGCAGCUCUCAAGCGCCUUCUGGAAUCAAAAGAAAAAUUCGAAGGACAUAUUCAACAAGCCAAUAAACAAAAAUAA